CCUUGAGAUGCGUAGGAGAAGGAUGUCAAAGAGAGGCCGGUAGGCGGCAGUCGCAGCAGCUGGAUGCGGCAAUUGUUUGAGAAGGCGGGGAUGAAGUAGUCGUCGCCGGUGGAGUCGGGCGCGCAGCUUCCUCAUCUGUAUCUCGCAUGUGUCUUAAGAGCAAUACGGAAAUCUUCGCCUGCGGGAGCCAUGUCUGAAAGCGGCUCCUUGCUCUCCACUAUCCCCAAUGGCGGGGGCGCAUCCCGGCAUCCCGGGAAUAAAGUGACCGUGGUACUGGGAGCACAAUGGGGCGACGAGGGCAAAGGGAAAGUGGUGGAUCUGUUGGCGCAGGACGCGGACAUUGUCUGCAGAUGCCAGGGAGGCAAUAAUGCUGGACAUACUGUUGUAGUAGAUUCUGUGGAAUAUGAUUUUCAUCUCUUACCCAGCGGUAUCAUCAAUCCAAAAGUCACAGCUUUUAUUGGAAAUGGUGUGGUAAUUCACUUGCCAGGAUUGUUUGAAGAAGCAGAGAAAAAUGUUAAAAAAGGAAAAGGAUUAGAAGGUUGGGAAAAAAGAUUAAUUAUAUCUGACAGAGCUCAUAUUGUAUUUGACUUCCAUCAAGCUGCUGAUGGCAUCCAGGAACAACAAAGACAAGAGCAAGCAGGAAAGAACUUGGGAACUACAAAAAAGGGAAUUGGUCCAGUGUAUUCUUCUAAAGCAGCUCGAAGUGGGCUCAGAAUGUGUGAUCUAGUUUCUGACUUCAAUGAAUUUUCAGAAAGAUUCAAAGUGUUGGCCAAUCAGUACAAGUCGGUUUACCCUACCUUAGAUAUAGACAUUGAAGGAGAAUUGAAAAGACUCAAGGGUUACAUUGAAAGGAUCAAGCCAAUGGUGAGAGAUGGUGUAUACUUUAUGUAUGAAGCUUUGCACGGUCCACCAAAGAAAAUUUUAGUAGAGGGUGCAAAUGCAGCACUGCUGGAUAUUGAUUUUGGAACUUAUCCUUUUGUGACCUCAUCAAAUUGUACCGUGGGAGGUGUUUGCACUGGCUUGGGUAUGCCACCACAGAAUGUGGGUGAAGUAUAUGGAGUUGUGAAAGCAUACACAACUAGAGUUGGAAUUGGUGCCUUUCCUACAGAACAAGAUAAUAAAAUUGGAGAAUUGUUGCAGACACGAGGGAAAGAGGUUGGUGUGACUACCGGUCGAAAAAGAAGAUGUGGCUGGCUGGAUCUCGUGUUGCUUAGAUAUGCCCACAUGAUCAAUGGAUUUACUGCGUUGGCUCUUACCAAAUUGGAUAUUUUGGAUGUAUUUCCAGAAAUUAAAGUUGGUGUUUCUUACAAAAUAGGUGAUAAAAUCAUUCCUCAUUUUCCAGCAAACCAGGAAGUCUUAAACAAGGUAGAGGUUCAGUAUGAGACCCUCCCAGGAUGGAACAGAGACAUAUCAAAUACGAGGACUUUCGAUGAACUGCCUAUAAAUGCACAAAACUAUGUUCGAUUUAUAGAAAUGGAGCUAGGAGUUCCAGUUAAGUGGAUUGGAGUAGGAAAAUCCAGGGAGUCUAUGAUCCAGCUCUUCUAAAGAUACUGGAUAAAUGGAAAAAAGAAAGUACACUCCAUAAAGAGACUGUUCAUUCUUAUAUCUAUUAUUCUUAGCCCAAGCAGCAAUGAUUUUUGGAAAGUUGGACCUUGUAUGUAAGAGCUAAAGAUGGUCUGGACAAACAAUUGCUACUGCUGUAAAAGACUUCAGCAACCAUCAGCAUCACUUCACAAAUUCCAGGGCGUUGGUCACUGUUGCCACCAUUUGUCAUGGUGCCACCAGAAUUUUUUUCUUCAGAUGUUUGUCCCAACACUCUUUCAAAAUCAAAGAUUGUGCAUUACUUUCAUGACUGUAUGUCUUUAUUGUCUCUCUGCUUUCGGUGGUGUUACUUCUUGAAAAUCUAAAUGCUUAAAAUGAUGCAGUUUUGCACAGAGUUUUACAUCCUCAUUUGUACUCCUAAAGCUGUUUCCUGUAUGGCUGCUGUUGUAGUAUGUGAUUAAAGAGAGGGAUGAUUUUAUAAUGAUGAAGAAAAUGAAAAGUUUUGUUACAGUUAUUAAAACUAUGAUGAUGAGAUGGUAGUUUGGAAGGAGUGCUUAAUAUGUAAACAAUGCAACAACUUAAUUUAUAAAUGAAGAUACUGAAAACAUAUUAUAGGCAUGCUAUGCUCACUACUGAAAGGAGUUUAUUAUGUUUUUAGCUAUUAUAAUACUUGGCAUUUCAGCUUUUCCUCAUUCAGUCCAAUGACUCAUCAGUUAAUUUGCCUAUUACCAAAUCCAUCCAGUUCCAAGUAUUUAGAGGACAAUCGGAAAAUGGAUGAAUGCAUAGUUUGCUCCUUGGGUAUGGACACAUGAAUUUCUGGCAGUCCUGUGAGGGACACACUGGGCUACCUAGGUAAAUAGCCAUUGAAGGCAAUAUUUUGCUGUCAAUAUUUUUUUUAAAAACUUAAUCCAUUUUGGGGUAUUGACCAAACAGAAAGUCAUGUUGGGGGGGUGUUUUGUAAAAGCCUUUUCUUUUUAUUAUAUUGCAUUCCUGUUAAGUUGAUCAUUUUAUCUCACAGCUCCUGGUGUCAUGGAGAUAUACGUAACUUCAAUCCCUCAUUACAUUCCUUAACUUUCUAGACAUUAUUUAUGACCUUACUCCUUUGGUGUUGCUUUAUAAUCUGAAGGAAAGCUAGUUUUCACACUCAUUUUGUAGAGAAACCCUUUCAUGCAAUUGUUCGUUUCAGUGAUAUUUUAACAGAUUUAAGCUGGAACUGCAAACAGUUCUAAAUAUGUGAGCUACUUCUAUAUUCUUAUUAACUGGCAUCUUGAAAAUUAAGAGGUAAAAGCUACUAGUUGAUGUCAACAUUUCAACACUUAAGCAUUUUUCCACUUUUUAAAGAAGGGAUUUUAUUUUGAAAUAAUACAGGUAAUGAAAAGGAAGAAUACAACACAACAACAUCACUAAGGGAAAAGGAAACUUGCCGAUUACAGAUUUUAGUAUAUCUUGAAUAAGCUUGUUGGACAGUUAAACCAAAACAGCCUAAGGAGAAGCUCAUUAAAUAUUGAGUGAGUUUAGAUGUGUAAGUUAUAUAGCUGAAUCAUAAUCAGGAAAAACAUAUAUCUGUAUGUGAUCAGAAUAUAAUCAGAAGCUUCAAGAGCUUCCACAUACGAGGUAAACAAACCAUGGUGCCAUCAUAUAUUUUUUAGAACAGGUGUUUCUUUGAGCACUUGCUGAGUUUGUACACAAUAAUGGGCGCUCAAAUAUUUUCAAUCCACUUUUGUGUAGAAGAUAGUUUGGGAAACUUCCAAUUACGUGCUAUGUCCAACUCUGCAGUUGUAUAAAUUGCAUAAGAAGGUCUUUAUACAGAAAUCCAGGAUUAGUCAAACCAAAAUUAGCUAGCAUUUUCUACAAGAAGAGAGUGUGGGAUGGAUCCAGAGUUGUGUGAGUAGCAGUUCACUCACUUAGCAUGUUUUCUUAUAGCUUCUCCUUAUUGCACCCGUUAGCCUCCCAAGUGUCCCCCAAUCCUUAAUGUAUGAUCAUUACAUUUUUCCAGUUGCCUUCUUGUCCAAUGACUGUUCUUUAUUUGAGCCAAAACUAUUUUAGAAAACUAAAAUAUUCUAAGUUUCAUUUGUUCUGAAGAGAUAUCCCUCUUUCCCUUUAAUAUUUUUAUUUCAAACCACACCUAGUCAGAUGCUUUUGCACUGGAAUAAUAUGACAUUAUUUUUCUCUCUCUGAGUUGUGUGGGUUGACUUUUUAUCAGAACAGUGUGCUGAGAUGAUUUUUUUUCCCAGCCAGCUAUUCACCAUUAUGCCAAGAUUAUUUUUGGAGUACAGAAAACUUUUAAAAAACAAUGAGGCAUAGAAUAGUAGUAUUAUGUUUCAAAUCUGAACAAGGCUUUGAUUAUGUAUCCUUUCAAAAUUCUCCCUGUCCAAAUGUUUCUGUGGAAUUUUGGGUUCUCUUAAAAACUGGCCUUCCUACUGGAUUAGCGAUAUGUUAUGAAUCUGUCUUCUGGAUUAGAUUUCCAGAAUUUACAGUGGCUUGGAUCCAGACAUUGAUUCUGCUGGCAGAAAGGCAAAGGGAUUUCAUUGUUUUAACUGUCCCCUGUAGCCCCUUACAUCCUCUUUAAAAAUCUGUUCCAGAUGCUUGAGGGACCCUUGGAAGAGGGGGAGAAAAGAAUCUGCAAAAGCUGUCCCCUUCCACCAGUGAGCUCCUCUGCAGGAUCAAAAGCCUUCAAUUCACAGAAAAUUAAUUUAGGAUCCAACCUAUAGAAUGUACAGAUCUAAUGUUGGUUCUCCUAUCCCAGUUCUUUCUAUUCCCUGGUUUCUUUCCUCUCUGCCUCUUGAGUAGCAUGUUAGCAGUAUGGUUUGUUAGCAGACAAAAUACAGAAUAAAUUUGUUCAAUUUGCUUUUUCCCAGUUUGACAGGCAUGUUUUUUUCAAGCUACCUAUGCACUGGUGUACUGCUGUGUGUUAACUAAAAAAUGAAGUGUUUUUUUUUUCUUAGCAAUACAUAUAUUUCUGCAUAUAGGAAAAGACUGCAUGGUUUAGUCUGCAGCAUCCUCUCAUAGAGUCCUGUUGAAAUCUGUCAGAUUGUCAUGUCUGAGAAUUACUCUUUUAAAAUUUCCAAAGAGGUAGCUGUGUUGUUUGGUGUUUUUGCUACAGCAAAGUCUUUAGCACCAUAAAAACAACACAUUUUUAUGGUUUGAGCUUUCAUGGACUACCGUCCAUUUCAUCAGAUCCAUUCAAGUGUUAUCCUGAGUUACAGCUGUAUAUAUGCAUGGGGGAAGGGAAGCACCAGUCCUAAAGAGACGUGGUAGAAAUCCCUCACCUUUUUUCUUGGAACUGCUUUGAAUUGUUGCCUCUUUGGGGACAUAUGGGUGUACCUAUACUGCAAAAAUAGGGAUGACUCUAUAUGACACCUCCCACUCCAGGUCUUUCCAGUGUUAAUCAUUCAGCUAUGGGUAAAGAGAAAGCAAUUUACAGAAUUAUACAAAAUUUAAUCUCAUUCAAGCCUCUGGUCUCUCUAGCUUGACCAUCCUGUUUGCUUCCACAGCUGCAGCAAGAAGUGACAGUAGAGUAACUUUGCUCUAUUGGGGUGGGGCGGGGGUCCAAUUCUUAUAAUCCUAUGAAUCCUAAAAUGAUUCAUUUAUUUAUUUUGUCUGGCAUUGGGCACUAUCCCGGUGGGGGUUCUCAGAAGUGAGCACAGUCCUUACAAGCCACCUGAAAAUACAGGGUAUGUGUGAGGGAUGGGAGUAAACUAAGCAAGAUCUGUUCUACAUUCCAGGAAGGGAACAUGCCCACCUCAUUUUUCCAAUAGGCAACACUGUAGUAGGGGACAUUUUGGCAAGGAUUUGUUAACUUUGGAGCAAAACCAAGAAGGAAGUAUACCUCUCAUUGCUUGGUGGCAUUAACCAUAGACCUGGGAUAUUUUGCCAGUGCCCCCCCUCUUUACCAAAUUAUGGGAAAUUAGUUGUGUAUUUCCUUUAAAAAAAAGUUUGUGGCAGAAAAGUGGGAAAGGAAACUGGUAUUAACCAAAGGCAUGCUCUUGAUUGGUUACCUAUUUGGGCUUACGUUUUUACACUUGUAUAAAACUAUUCAAUGAAUUAAAACUGAAAAUUUUGCUCACAAAAGUGCUCCUGCAAAAAAGCAAAAUAAAUAAAUACAAUAAUGCCAAUGACCUAUAGCAAGAGUAAACAGUAUAGCAAGAGUAAACGGUAAACACUAUAGCAAGAAUACACAGUAUCAAAAAUGAUUAAAUUCUCUAUACAAAGUGAAUGAAAGGAGAAGAGACUCCCUUGCAAGAUAGAUUCAUGUAAUGGGGGAAGCUCAUUCCAAGAUUUUUUUUAACAAUUGCUUUUUACUUGCACCUGUCUAGGAUGGGCAUUUGUUUUUUUAGGAGGCUUUUUAUAACAUUAGUGGAUGACUUGUGCUGUGCUGCUGCAGCUUUAAAAAACUGCCUCACAGCUUUUGCAUGUAAUGAUUAUUUUAUUAAAGCUCCAUUUACCAUUUUGAUACCUAUUACUUCCCAGUUUUUUCAUAUAUAAAAUCAAAUUUCUAAAGUGUUCAAAGUUGUGCGGACCAUAUUUAAAAUCCCAACAGUAUCCAUAUAGUAUAAGAAGUAGUCUUUAGUACUUUAGUUGACGGCAGUCUUCAGUGGUUCUUCCAUAUUGUUGUUAGGUGUUUGUUUUUACAACUCGCAUGAAAUAAGUUAUCAAACUCCCAUAAACGAAGGUUUUGUUUUGUCUUUCUUCUUUGCAGAAGGACUUUUCCAAACUGACAGUAAUUCGGCGUCUGUUCUUGGUCGAUAGCUAUCAGCACUGUCUAGAAUUUUUAAAAAACAAAAUCAUUAUUGGCCUUGAUUCCAGCUUCUGACUUCUUCUCCUCCCGUCUCUGCCCCACAUACAUACAUGAGGAAGUGUACAUCAGAUACUUCAUAUAACUAUUUCCCAGCAGUUUGUUAUCCUGCCCUCUUCUGAAGGCUUAGUAUACCACAUUUGUUUUAAUCAUGCCCUGCUAUGACUGCUAUAUUUUUGUUUUUCCAUUUCACUCCAGCUUUUGACUCAUCCUAACUCUUUGUUAACUCCUUCCCCCUCCCCUCUUGUUUGGUUAUUCUCAACUGAUAAAUUGUUAUUGAAUCUUAAUGAAAUGGUAGAAGAAGAGCUGUGCAGCUUGGACAAUUAAGAUGCUAUUGAUCUUAACCUGGAGACAUUAAAACAGUUGAACAGUUAUCAAGCACUGCUGCAGAAAAAUGAAUAUAAUAGUCCAUACCUUUAGCUGCAACCACAUGAUUGCUGGGAAUAUAUAAUGGACAGAGGUAGUGCAGACUUUUAAAAAAAAUACUGAGCUGACCUCUUCCCUUUUGAGUGACAGACACACUCCUGAUGCUGUAUUCUCAGGUUGAAAUCUUUGUGGGAAGGGUGAGGCAGAAUAUUUUAGUCUGUACCCCAUUGUUUGGCAGAAGGGCUUUUUGCCAAAAUAUCAGUGCAGGGAUUAUCUGGUGGUACACUGCUAAUCCAUGGGCUAAUGGCUUUACCUGAUUUGCAAAGCUUGCAUGAUUUAAGGGUUUCCCCCCACUCAUUUUCAAUUGCUUGUGUACUCUAGAAAUGCUAUUUUAAAAAGUCUUUGUUGUUUUGUUUUAAGAAAUAUAGCCCCAUAAAUGGCUGGUUAAAUUAUAGUUGCGUUUAAUGCAAUAAUUACUUUUCAUGAAAACUGUUGAGCUAACUUCUUGGUACCUUCUUGUAUUUACUCUAUCCAGCUCUAGGUGGAAAACAGUGUUGUUAGCUUACUUCAAGCUAUGAUGAAGGCAUAUAAUGCACACAAAAUAUUACUAACAAUAGGAAACGUAAGAGGAUUUUAAAAAAUAAGUUCAGCCUACUGGCUAUCUUCCACAUUUAUUCCUGGAAAAUGAAGAUACUACAAUGCUUUGCUUGUAUGUAUAUUGAAAGCUUCUAUUGACCCUUUUAUUGCAAAAAGUAUAUAAAAGUGAAUAAUGUUUGAAGUUAUUUUUUAUAAGACUGAAGAGCUUUCCUAACAAAAUAUAGACUGCAUAUGUUAGCUGGCUAGGAAUUUACCCACCUGAUUUGUAAAAUGGUAAUGUAAAUGCUUCUUUAUAUGUUGUUUGUGUAUACCAGUCAUGGAUUUUCUUCUUUGUCCUCUGGUAGUGAAUAUACUGCUUCAGAAUUAAAUAGUCAUAAUCAUGUUGAGGUACAAUAUCAUGUUUUACUGGAACUGGCUGCAGUUUUGUAAAAGGUCUAGAUGAAAAGCAUUAAUAUUUUAUUAAUCUCAUGUUGACAUCCAGUUUGAUAAAACAUGAGCUACCCGUAAGAACAGCCAAGUAUCUAAAUUCUUAUUCUAAUUUCCUAUUGAAAUGGACCAUUCAGUUAUAAUCCAGCUAUACUCUAACUGGCAUUAACAGCAUGAAAUCUUACAGUGAGACUCAUAAUAAGCUAUUGUUAUUCAUUUAGCACUGUCAGAUUCUUGAAAUAGUGCAAAUGAGGCUGUGCACUUUGUGCUUAAAUCGGGGUAAGCUGCAUUUAUGUUAUUCUA